ACAAAAGCUUAGAGCCUAGCUUGAUCGCGUGCGUGCCAUAAUCCGAUCAAGAAAGAGAGAGAGAGAGAAAGCUGGGGCCGCUCAUCAUCCGAAACCAGUGGAGAAACUAGAAAAAGCCCAGAGACCCAGCCAAAAAAAAAAAAAUGACACUCUGCCCGUCGUCUCACCUGCUGCCACUAUCCAACUCGCCAUCGCCGCCACCAAUGGCUGCCUCUCUCACCACCUCCUCCGCCGCUUCUCGCCUCCUCCUCCUCCCUUCCGCCUCCGCCCGAGCUCCACUCCACCGACUCUCCGCCCCUCACUCCACCAACACUUCUCUCGCUGCUUCCUCCUCCUACGCUUUCUCUCCUCUCAAAUGUCGCCGCUACUCCCCUCUCCCCCCUCGCGCCUUCUCAAACCAGAGGGCGUCUUCCAUGAGCACUGUUGCCGCGGCUUCCGAUCCUGCUCAGUUGAAGAGCGCGAGGGAGGACAUCAAGGAGAUUCUUAAUUCAAAGUUUUGCCAUCCGAUUCUGGUUCGUCUGGGAUGGCACGAUGCCGGCACCUAUAACAAGAGCAUCGAGGAGUGGCCGAGGAGAGGUGGAGCCAAUGGAAGUCUCCGAUUCGAGAUUGAGCUCAAACAUGCUGCAAAUGCCGGGCUUGUGAAUGCGCUGAGUCUUCUUCAACCUAUCAAAGAAAAGUACUCUGGUGUGACUUAUGCUGAUUUGUUCCAAUUGGCCAGUGCUACUGCCAUAGAGGAAGCUGGGGGUCCUAAAAUCCCAAUGAAAUAUGGGAGGGUUGAUGUGUCUUCUGCCGAAGAAUGCCCAGAGGAAGGAAGACUUCCUGCUGCUGGUCCACCAAGUCCUGCUGAUCAUUUGCGGGAGGUUUUCUACAGAAUGGGAUUGAACGACAAGGAAAUAGUUGCACUGUCUGGUGCACACACCUUGGGAAGGUCCAGGCCAGAUCGUAGUGGUUGGGGGAAACCAGAGACUAAGUAUACGAAAAAUGGGCCUGGUGCACCAGGUGGGCAGUCAUGGACAGCAGAGUGGCUGAAGUUUGAUAAUUCUUAUUUCAAGGAUAUCAAAGCCCAAAUAGAUGAGGACCUACUGGUAUUGCCUACUGAUGCUGCUAUCUUUGAAGAUCCUGCAUUCAAGGUGUAUGCUGAGAAAUAUGCUGAAGACCAGGAUGCUUUUUUCAAGGACUAUGCGGAAGCCCAUGCCAAGCUCAGCAAUCUAGGAGCCAAGUUUGAUCCUCCUGAGGGUAUUGUGCUAGAUGGCGUUCAAGGAGAGAAGUUUGUGGCAGCCAAGUACUCAUCUGGAAAGGAUUAAGAAUAAGAAAAAAAACAAGUAACCGGUAUCAUCAUAUAAUAAUAUGAGGAUGAGAAGAUAUAUUGAAACCCUACCUAUCAAUAUUCACAACUAAAUCUCCGGAAGUGGAAAUGAAGGAGAAACACCGAAUAAAAGGAAAAUUUCGAAAUGAGUGUGGUUGCGUAUUUGAAUUGCAGAAAGAGCUAUCAGAUGCAAUGAAGCAAAAGAUCCGUGCUGAGUACCAAGCAGUUGGUGGAAGCCCAGAUAAGCCUCUGCAAUCUAAUUACUUCCUGAACAUUAUCAUUGUGAUUGGUGUUCUUGCAAUUUUGACAUCUCUCCUCGGGAACUAGAAAAGUUUUUGCGUUGCAUAUUUGUAUUGCUGAUUGAUACCAAGUAUAUUGCUUUGUUUGUUGCUCGUUGCUCCAAUUCCGAGCCUUGUGUUUUCUUUUACUUCAUAUGCUGCAUAGCUAUACAUUCAUAUAUGAGCUAGUAGGACAGGUAAACGGUUAUUCUGUUAGUAGUGCAAUUGAUAACUAAACUGAAACCAAAAUCGAAACCAAUGGUUAUCGAUCACACCGAGAACUGAUUAAAUAGUAAAUGAUCGGUUU